AUAGAAAGCAAUUAACUUUCGUGGUAUUAUUUUGAGCUCCGAGCUCCGUUGUUCCUGAAAUACACACCAUUCCAUCUUCCAAAGAACGUUGAAUACGACACCCCCGAAUAGAACCCUUCACCUACUCUACACACCACCACCACACUAGCACAUCCAACCGGAUUACAGAACGGCUCCAAACGCCGUUUGCUCAAUCCGAGACUUACUCAUAAAAACUACCGAACGCACAUGUGCACCGCCGGAUUGGUUACGCUUGCCUGGCAAACGACCAGCCAGAUGAGCCGCACACCAGCCACAGCGCUCCCCUGAUCCUGCGCCUCGUAACUGAUCUGCGCUAACAAUGGCCAAACCGGCACAGUAGUUGUGAUACUUCGGUUGCUCGACCUGGGCUGGAUGUGUAGAUGCAGAUUGUUUGCUACUCUCGAACGUACAGUUCCUGCUGGUAGACGGUGCACGCUGGAUGUACACGCUCGGUGCGAUGAGUUGCUGCUGUUUGGUCGUUUCCUACCAUUUGAUCGUCAAUUUAGUGGACCGUUUUUCGGAGGUGUUGCGCGAUCUCGUGUACUGCCGUUGUCGACGGGCAGAGCAAUUUGAUGACUGUGAAGUGACGGCGGGCGAUUCCGUGGAGCCGACGAUCCAGCUGUCUUCGGCCAGUGUGUUGACAAACAAACCACGCUACGUGGUGAUCAAUGAUACGGUUGAGCUAGAACCCUUUUACUACGACAUCGAUCGACGAUACUGUGAGCUGCUUUUGCGGGAUCGUCCCGCCGGGACGUGUAUAGUGAGACCGUUCAAGCUAAAACACGAAACGAUUCGCUACAUCCUUUCGAUCCGUGCGCCGGACACUUACUUCCACCUGUUUAUUCGACACGCCGGCAAGAAUGGCAUGUACGCCCUCGGGUUGGAAAAGGAGCAGGAAAAGCGGUUCAAGUUUCCCACCGACAUCGUGCGCUACUACCAGGCCCACCUGCUCGAGUGUAGCCGGGCUAGCCGGGCGUGCACGAAGCUGCAGCUUCAGCCGCUACCGAUUUCGGACGUGCUCGAGGCGCGACGACCCAACGCUCCAGCAAAGACGACUUAAAAAGUAUACAAAUAAAAUUUUAUUUCCACAGUAAAAAUACACCCAGAAAA